UAGACAGAGAAAGGACCCAACAUGGCUGAAGCAGAAGAAAGCGAGUUAACUUCUGUUGGUAUUUUUCAGGAGAUCUUUACCUCCCCGCUAAACCUGACCCUGCUCAGCCUCUGCCUGUUCCUCUUGUACAAAAUAUUCCGCGGGGACAAACCACCAGAGCUCGGCGAGAUAGAAGAACCGCUGCCCAAACUGAAAAAGAGAGAUUUCACCUUCGCAGAGUUGAAGCCCUACGAUGGACUCCAGGACCCGAGGAUCCUCAUGGCUGUCAACGGGAAAAUCUUCGACGUGACCAGAGGGAAGAAAUUCUACGGGCCAGAGGGCCCGUACGGCGUGUUCGCGGGCAGAGAUGCGUCCAGAGGUCUGGCGACGUUCUGCCUGGAGAAGGAGGCCCUGAAAGACGAACACGACGACCUGUCCGACCUGAACGCCAUGCAGCAAGAGAGCCUCGCCGAGUGGGAGACGCAGUUCACCUUCAAGUACGACUACAUCGGCAAGCUGUUGAAACCCGGGGACGAGCCCACGGAGUACACCGACGAGGAGGAGGAGGAGGAGGGAAAAGACAAAAAGGAAGACUAGAGAAACAACGAGCGAACCUAGAGAUGGUCGAUGCCUUAAUGUUGGUUUGUAAUUUUUAAUGCCUGCUGCCUCCUAUUGGGGCCACUCUUCUGUAUGUAUUCUAGUACUUUUGGACUUCCGCAACCCCCACGCCCCCCCCCCCCGACUGAAUUCCAUUCACCUCCUUUGACCUUGUGAUCACUAACGGAUAAAUAUGCUGCGUUCUGAUGUCGCGAUGUUCGCGUGUCAUCAGCUUCAACUCGGACCCGUAGAUUGUUGUGGAGAAUCAAGAACUCGGACCAAUUCCACUGACGGUCAUCUGUCCUGUAGGUUGAGAGUAGCCGGCUGACGAAAGAAGGAGGAGAUGAUCGACAGCUCUGUCGUACACUUUGUCAAUAUCGCGACGGACGUCUCGCCGGUUGUCCACAUUCCUUUCAUUCAAGGUUUGAAUUAUCUCAGGAAGUAGUUUCACUCAAAAUUAGCUCGAAUGUGAAGUUCAUUUGGAGGCUUUAGUCGGCUUGCAUUUCCCACCGUGAUGUGUUUUUUUAACACAAAUGUGAAAAUAACACGCAGGCUGAAUGAAACGGAUGUAUUUGAAGGACUUUUUCUUUAUAAACUUUACUAACCGCAUAAGCUUUAUUUACCAAUAUCUGAGAACUGAAAAACUGUUUCCUGUCUGCUCUUCAAACAAUACGAUGACGGACGAUGACAUUCAGAUGUCUUGUCCUGCUGGUCUAAAUUCUACGAUGACAUAUUGGGGCCAUUGUAAUUUUUAUUUUUUUAUUUUGUAUACAGUAAUCAAUUAUUUAAAAAAAUACAAGAAAAAAAUUCUGAGAAUUAAUUUUGUAUAGGGGAAAAAUGAACAAAUAAGAAAAUGGAAACAUGAAUAUUCUUUGUAAUUGUAAAGUCAAUGGUAUGCAAUUAAAUAACAGUGACAAAUGUAUGAGAGAAAAAUACACCAACAUCACUUCACUUUGAAAAUGUUAUUCUCAAACAUUUGUCAUUUGAUUUAUUAUCAUUUCAAAAACCUCCCAUUUAAAUCGGGGAAAUUUAUCAUUUUCAACCCCCUCCCCAAGCUCUGUAAUCACUAUAAUUAAAUGUUUCUUCAAUGGCCGUCGUAUGCCCUCUUGAAAUUCUCCUCUCCGUUAAUACAUUCGUCUUGUAUUCAAUAUUAACUUUCUGGUGGAGAAAGAAACCAAGCUUUUUGGCAGAUGUUCACAAUGACAAUCCUGGUCAUUUGCUGCAGAGCCUCAGAUCCCAAAUAUAUAUUCAGGCAUGAGAAUCCCUCACCUUUCGGCGAAAUUCGCCGUUUUGAAACCAAAAUAGGUGACUGACGUGAAUCGUGUAGAUCCGAAGAGUUUUUGUUUUGGGGGAAGGGGGGGGGGUCAAUUGGCCGGCCGGCGUUUAUGAGAUUGGAGUGGGACACGGAGAAAAUGUGGAGUGGUGCUUUUCGCAAUAGAACAUCUUUGAUGGGCACGUGUCGCGUCUCGGCCAAUCAGCGUCAAGAUGUCUUCAGCGUUUGGUGGUUUAGGUUAGCUUGAAUGUUAGCCCGCUAUCUGCUGCUGUCACGCUGCACGGUGUAGCGAUCCUAACAAAGUACCCGUACGUUAAGAGCGAUGUGAUUGUCAUAAUUGACUGUAAAAGGGAAUAUUACUAAAUAGUUGUGUUGUGCAUACUGUGAUAUUCUGAACACUCAGGUUCAAACUGCAACAUCUUUUCAUUAAAUACAUUUGAGAAGUUAAAAAUAUCCCUCAAUUUAGGUCUCAGCUUGUCAUUCAGGGGUGAUAGUGCAUCCCAAAGCCAGACCAGUGGAGAACCACUGCCCAAACCAGUGGAGAACUACUGCCCCAGACCAGUGGAGAACCACUGCCCAGACCAGUGGAGAACCACUACCCAGACCAGUAGAGAACCACUACCCAGACCAGUGGAGAACCACCUGUCUCAACUGUGAAAAAGCUUUUAACAAAGUUAAUGUAAUAAUGUUUGUUUGAUCUUUGAUAAAGUAAUGUGGGUUAAAAUAAAUAUAAUUAAAUAGAUGUAUUGUAUAAUAUUAAAUACAUUUGCAUAUAUAGUUAUACAUUUAUAUAAGUACACCUAAAUAAACAAACAAAUGCAAAGACAGUUAUUUAACAAUAUGUUCUGGAGUAGUUAGAAUUAUACCGUGUUAGUGACAACUGCCCUUUGAGGGCAGCCAUGAGGCGGAUGUGGCCUCGGUGAAAAUGAGUUUGACACCCCUGGAUUAGAAGAUCGUGACAACCAGGUAGAGGCAGAACAGACUCAAGGAACAGACUCGUGGCUCAGCAGAGCACAAGACUUGAAGACUUGUUCACGCCAAAAAAAAGGAAGUUGGUUCAUGAAUGACUAUAUUAUAUACAAUAUUACUAUUAUUAUAGGGCCCACUGACUUGGUGUCAGAAUGGAGGAACUAUAGAUUAUCAUACAACGUCCAACAUCGAUGUUCGUGGAAGUCACCAGCACCCCCCCCCCGCGCGCGCGCCUAUCCUUCUCACCUUUUUCACCCCUGACCCGUUUUCAUGCCUGUAUAUUCCAUUCACCAUUUUAAGUAAUCUGUCACGCGAAACAAAAUAUCCCAUUCUCUGGUUGCACCUCCUCAAAUAGAAGAAUGUGCAGCUUUUCUUUUGCUUCACACAAUUAUAAUUUGAGUUCCUUUCAAAUGUUGACCUGUAGGUCGGAUAAAAUAAGUAAUGUGCAAUGAUUUCUUUAACAACAACAAAAUGCCGUAAAACAAUAAUAUUUUAGGCGCGCUCUCUUGCAUAGUUUUAGUGCUCACAACUGUAGUUCGUCACAUGGUGCAGAGGAAACGUGUCGGAAAGUUCAGAGUCCAAAAGACUUCAACGCUUCAGCUGUGAACAGGAAGUCCAAGCUGCUGCCAGCAAUGUUCAAUUUUAUAAAUUCAUAAUUUCGAUUCUUCCCCAUUCAGCUAAUGGUUUGUUUACCUUGUUUUUGACACUAAACCCAUGAUGGAAGGAGAAUUAAACAUUUAUUGGGAGGCCUCCGACGCUCUCAAAGUUGAGUGAACUAGAUAAUAGUUAAAGAAUGUGAAGUUAAAAUCUCCUUAUCAAUAAUGUUUUCCAGUUCAAGCUUCCAUGCGUCCGUGAAGUGUUGCAGAAACUUUUAUUUUUGCAAGGAAAUGUACAUUUUUAAAAUCCUGAUCAAUUAUUGAAGAAGUUGGUUUUAAAUGUGUUAAAUAUUGUGCUCACGAUAUUUUUUUCUUUGCCUCCGUCGACAGAGAGAUCGCCCACUUUCCGAAAAAUCCAUUCAAAGAGGGAAUAUGUUCCGUAUGCAUGUACAUAAACUAAAUGUCAUAAUCCUGAGAAUGAUAUUUUGAUUUAAUAAAGAAGACUACAAAAUAAA